CAGCGAGCGGAGCCGGAGUCGGGUUGGGGACCGCUGGGUGGAGGCUGGGCCACGGUGGCGCCGGGGGAGAAACGCGCGCUGCCCUGACCCGGCGCUCCCCCCCCGCCGCCGGCUGCGCGGAAUGGUACGGACCGGCCGGAGUUAAAGCCCGGGAGGCUGCGCGUCCCGCGGCGGCGGCUACGACGUUGGCGGCGACGAUGGGGCUGCGUGCGGGAGGAACGCUGGGCAGGGCCGGCGCGGGUCGGGGGGCGCCCGAGGGGCCCGGGCCGAGCGGCGGCGCGCAGGGCGGCAGCAUCCACUCGGGCUGCAUCUCCGCGGUGCACAACGUGCCACUGAGCGUGCUCAUCCGGCCGCUGCCGUCCGUGCUGGACCACGCCAAGGUGCAGAGCCUCGUGGACACGAUCCGGGAGGACCCCGACAGCGUGCCCCCCAUCGACGUCCUCUGGAUCAAAGGGUCUCAGGGAGGUGACUACUUCUACUCCUUCGGCGGCUGCCACCGCUACGCGGCCUACCAGCAGCUGCAGCGAGAGACCAUCCCUGCCAAGCUUGUCCAGUCCACUCUCUCGGACCUAAGGGUGUACCUGGGGGCAUCCACACCAGACUUGCAGUAGCAGCCUCCCUGGCACCUGCUGCCACCUUCAAGAGCCCAGAAGACACACUUGGCCUCCAGCAGGCUGGGCCAUGCAGAAGGGAUAGCAGGGGUACACUCUCUUUGAACCUGGAGAGA